AUGGUUCGCCUUGAAAUGUGCUACCAAAUGCAAGUUGUGUUAUAUCUGCCACGUCUAUUAGACGUUUUUAUAUUCAGCCAAGUCAAUCACACUGCCUCUGUUGCUGUUUCUUCUUUGCAAGUUAAUCCAUGGUUCACAAAUUAUCAAGAUAUUGAAAAGUUUUAUCGGAUUUAUUCUCCUCCAACAAUUAACUGUAAUUUCCUUCAAAUUACCAUUGAAACAAUGAAAAAGGCCGUUUACAUCAGAAAUUGUUUGAUGACAUCAAAAAUGCUAGAGACUAUGACUCCUGACUUUUUCGACAAAUUUCCAGCAUUUUUCAUAGAAAAGGAAUAUGAAGACGUACUUGCUGCUCUUCGUGACAAAUACUUUGACAAUGCAGUGUAUUUCCUUUCUUUAUUUCCAAAGAAGAGAGUGUCUUUUUCAAUAAAAUCAUUUGUUGAAAUCAUUAAGAAAUGGAAAAGUCAUCAAUACGAUAAAACACACUUUCCAAAGACAAUAUAUCUUCGUUUUAAGUGGUUUUUUUUGGUGUCAGACAUUUUGUCACCUACAGAUACUGUGACUUCUGAUGAUCUUAAUGUAAUAGAAUCGGCAGCUAAAGAGUUUUCAUGUCAAAUAAUCAUUGACUGGUCUUCUGCUCGCAAGAACAUGUUGUCAAAUGUUAUUAAUAUGAAAAGUUGCGAACAUUACAGUCACACGUAUACAACCGACUUUAUAGAAUAUUUUAAGCCACUUUUAAAAGACGGUGAAAUCACUUUUAUACCAUUUAAAACCGACGAAGUACAAGACUUGCAUAUUUCUCAAAUCGAACAAACAGUCGGUUUAUGUGCACCAAAACACAUCAAAUUCAUGUCAGAAAAAGUUGUUUUGGAUUUGACAAAUUUGAAUCUACCCGAAUGUGUUGAGUGUUUUGAAAUACUUCCGGAAGACACAAUGCAUUCACAUCAAAUGCCACCAUUUCAAUGUAUUUUACCAAAAAUGAUGAAAUAUAACGAAUUUAAAGCAAAGAAAGCACACAUUAAAUUUGGUGGAGUUUUGGAUUCCAUUAAAAAGGUUGUUUUGGAACAAAACAUUUCAUUUGAAAACAUUCAAACCGAUGAAAACAACGAAAAAAUAUUAUUUCCAUUUAUAAACGUCGAGGAAUUACGCGUGAUGUCAACACGAUUUGUUGCACCUAAAUUAGACAAUUUGAAACGGCUAACAAUUAAUUAUUCAAAUGGACUAAAUUUAUAUAUAAACAAAGAAUGCGCCAAAAAUAUCGAAUUAAAAUAUUUAAGAAAUGCCCACAUUACUAUAGAUGCUGAAAUACAAAAAGAAUAUUCAUUUGAAAAUUGUUAUGAAAGUCAAUUCACUUUUUUAAAUGCCCAAAGCAACACACUUAAAAUCAACUUAAUUUUGUGUGAAAAAAAUUCAAUAGUUUCAAAAUGUGAUGCUUUCGAAUUGAUUUCACUUGAAAAGUGCAAAGACGUCAAUUUAGUUGAAAAUGUCGAAAAUACAAAUGACAUUUUUCAUGUCAAAAAGGUGGUUCUUUUCAAAUCAAAGUUUGUCAAUGAUUUAAGUCUUUGUGCAGAAACGGUUGUAUUGAAAUUACUUAAUGAUGAAUUAUCUACAACUUUCAAUGAUGUGAAAGAUUUAAUUUUAAUAAGUGUUAAUAAUUGUGAUCUCUCAAAAAAUGUAAUAAAACUUGACACUUUGAACUUAUCACUUUGUGACAAUUUGAAAUUUACUUUUAACAAUUCCACUCUCAAAAAAGUGACAAUUUCGACUUCCGAAAACGUUGUCUUUUUUGGCAAUUUUCGAAUUUCAGAAAAAGUUAUAAUUACUGAAAACUCAAAAGUUGAAUUUCCAUCAAAAAUUACUAAAAUUGAAAAAGUCAAUUUUAGAGAUGAAGUUGAAAAGUUCGAUUUUCCAAAAAUAGCUCCAACCAAUCGCAACGACUAUUUCCGUGAAAAAAACAAAGAAAUAGUUUUACACAAAAAUAACACAACAAUAAACAACGGCGUUUUUCCAAUAAUGAAAAUUUCGUCAAAAAUUGAAGUCGUUUUUUAUUUUAAAAUCAGCAACUUUUUUGGCCAUCAAAUUGAUUACUCAGGAGUAUUAUUCGAUACAUUUGUGUUUGAAAAUUGUGAAUUUGAAAAUGAAGAGGAUGGAGUAGAUAGUAUAUUUGAGUCUUAUGUGUAUCGCCCAUAUGAUGAUUUAUAUGCCCGUCAAGUUGAAAUUAUUAACACGUUGUACUUCUGGGUUAAUGCCAUGAGUAUAACAAAAUAUGUAAAAAUAAGAGAGUCAAAGGGAAUAAUUUUUAUGCAUCAAGUUAAUGUCAAAAAAGUUGAAAUUGUCAACAGUGAAAUAACAACAAAAGCAACAGAAGAUUCGACAGUGUCAGUGUGCAAAAUAGAUAACGGAAUGAUUAGAAAUAAUGGAUUGUUAGAGGUGUGCAGUAAUAUGUUAUAUGCAAAGAAUUUGACAUUGAUUUAUAAUGAAUGGCAAUGUUAUGCUAUUAACAAAAUAAUCCAAUUAAAAGCUAUGGAAGUACAUUUAGAAGAUUCAGAAUGUGUUCAUAUAUCGUUAACGAAAAACAAAGAAGCGAAAGUUGUAUUGAAAAAUUGUCAGAAAGUUGAUGUUGUGAUUAACAACAGUGCAAAUGUCCAAACGGAACAAUGUGAUGAAAUUGAAAUAUUUGAUUCACAAAGUAAAUUAAUUCAAAAACUACCUGGUUUUAAAUUUGAUAACCAAAAUUAA